GUUUCUGUGUAACAGACACUAGUUUUUAGAUCCGCCUCCACUUUCUGACAUCACAUUCUGCAGAAUCUCUUUCAUUUAGACGGUCUCCUCUUUACAUUAAAGCAUCUAGAGAUUCGCUUCCAUACGUUUUCGGUUGAAGAUUGAUGUUUUUCAAACUUUGGGAACCUUCCGUUCUUCGACUUUUCUUCUGUAGUGAAAUAGAAAAUUUGGAUUAUGUGGGUGCUUUGUUUUUACGCCCAAAGAGGCGCAUCUUCGACGCGGAUUUCAUCAUGGCUAAUGCAGCCUCUCGUGCUGUGCGUCUUUGUCAUGACCGUUGCGCGCGGGCAGGUCCGUUAUUCUGUUCCAGAGGAGAUGACAAAGGGCUCGCUGGUGGGAAAUAUCGUUCAGGAUCUCGGUUUGGAUGUAAAGAGGCUGAAAUCUGGUCGAGCGCGGAUCUUUACGGAGGACAGUCGUGAGUACAUCGGUCUGAAUGUGGAUAAAGGGACUCUGCUAGUGAAAGAGAGGAUAGAUAGAGAGGAGCUGUGCGCCCAAGUGUCUCCCUGCUCCUUACAUUUUCAAGUCAUUCUAGAAAACCCCAUGGAGCUGCAUAGAAUCGAUGUAGAAAUAUUAGAUAUAAAUGAUCAUGCUCCUGUUUUCUUAAAAAAAGAAAUAAACGUCCAAAUUAGCGAAUUAGCGAUACCUGGAGCCAGAUACUCAAUCGAUAGCGCUAAAGAUCCAGACGUAGGUUUAAAUUCACUUCAGACGUAUAAAUUAAAUCCGAACGACCAUUUUGUGCUCAAAACCUUGUCUCACACUGACGGUACUAAAUAUGUCGAAAUGGUCUUACAGACUCCAUUAGACAGAGAAAAACAGGAGGAGUAUAAUCUGAUUUUAACCGCGUUUGACGGUGGAUCCCCCCAGAAAACGGGAACCUUAAAAAUUAACAUUAUUGUCUUGGAUGCAAAUGACAACGCGCCUGUUUUUAGUCAGUCUGUAUAUACAGCACUUGUAGCUGAAAAUGCGUCAAUGGGAUCAUUAGUCUUAAAGGUUAGUGCAACUGACGCAGAUCAAGGAACAAAUAAACAAGUUUCCUAUUCAUUCUCGGAAAGCAGUGACAGUAUCUUAGAUACAUUCAAUAUUGAUCUAACAAAUGGUGAUAUUACAGUUAUUGGCCCUCUCGACUUUGAAAAGUCAAAGAAAUACGAGCUGAAUGUGGUGGCGACAGACAUUGGUGGUUUAACAGAUACUGCUAAAGUGAUGGUGGAAAUUACAGAUGUUAAUGACAAUGCCCCUGUAAUUAAUGUAAUAUCUUUCUCAAACCCUUUGCCAGAAAAUUCAGCUCCUGAGACUGUAAUAGCGAUGCUGAAUGUCAAAGAUUUAGAUUCGGGGAAAAAUGGACAGGUCAGAUGUUUAAUUAAUCCUAGUUUACCAUUUCAAAUCAGACAAUCAUCCUCAAAUUUUUAUAGUCUGAUUACUGAUCAGCUUUUAGACCGUGAAAAAAUGUCUGAGUAUAACAUCACGACUGACUUUACGCACGACAAGGACUACAAUGACAACCUGACUUUCUAUCUGGUCUUGGCCUUGGCUGUAGUUUCGUUUCUCUUUAUCGUGUCUAUCAUCGCCAUUCUGUCAGUCAAAUGCUACAGAUGGAGACGCGAGCGGAUGUUUUACAAAGCUGGAGCGAAUCUUCCAGUUAUUCCGUAUUAUCCACCUCUUUACGCAGACGUAGGGGGCACAGGAACUUUACAGCACGUGUACAAUUAUGAGGUUUGCAGAACCACUGACUCCAGAAAGAGUGAUCUGAAAUACGGCAGACCUUGCAGUGAAAGCAUCAUUAGUCUGGACAGCAGUGGAACACAGACACUCACGCAUGCGCAAAGAGCAAAACUGAAUAAUGAAGAUUCUUUUGAUCAGGUGAGCUCGAGUGAAUGA